UUGAAGCGAGACUGGUCUGGCCAAGGGAAGAGGACGAAAGAAAGUUGUCUGCGAGGGCGCGGGAUCAAAAAGAAGACCAGAAUAAUGUGGGCCAGAGCUGUUUGGAGGGAAGGUAACGCUGAAAUGGAAGACGUUAUACCAUCCUGUUGGGUGAAGAAUGGUUUUGUGUUAUGGCCUGAGCAAGGAGAAAAAAAAGCCAUCAAAAGCUUAAAACAACCUGAAGAUGGAUGGAUGACAUUUCCUCUCUUAAAAGUAAAAUUUCAGUCAGAUAACCGAAAGGAUUGUGACAACUAUGAUUUUACAACCUCUGCUGAACUGAGUUGCCCAGAGGAAGAGAAGACUUCUGAGAAGAGGCAGGCAAAAAAAAAGAACUACCCUGACUAUGAAAUGGGUGAUUUCCCUGAUGUUGAGGUAAAUGAAUCUGAAGCACUGGCAGUUACUAACCCCCAAGCUUAUCAGCAAACAAAUGAUCUUCCUCCUCUUCCCUCUGUGCCUAAAAAGGUUCAGAAGAAUGUAAAUUCUGUUUGGGUAGAAAAUGGGGGUACUGCUGCCAUCCAUCCAAGCCAAAGCAGUCCUAGACCAUUCGCAUACAGCCUUAAGAAUACCUCUGAAUUCCUUUCACACGGCAGAAGAAGCCCAAGCAAAAAGUCACUCUCAUAUGACAGAAGAAGCCCCCACAAGUCACUCUCACACGACAGAGGAAGCACCAGCAAAAAGUCCCUCUCACACGACAGAGGAAGCACCAACAAGACUCUCUCACACGACAGAGGAAGCACCAGCAAAAAGUCCCUCUCACACGACAGAGGAAGCACCAACAAGACUCUCUCACACGACAGAGGAAGCACCAGCAAAAAGUCACUCUCACACGACAGAGGAAGCACCAACAAGACUCUCUCACACGACAGAGGAAGCACCAGCAAAAAGUCACUCUCACACGGCAGAAGAAGCCCCAGUUGGUCGUCCACACACAGCAAGCAGCGAAGCCCCAGCCGGUCCCUCUCAUCACAUGGCAAGGGAAUCCCCAGCCCCUCCCCAUCAUUCAUUAAGAGAAGAAGCCCCAAUAAGUCUCUCUCAACACAUGGCAGGAGAAGCCUUAGCCAGUCUCGCUGGAAUGACAGAAGAAGCCCCAGUAAGUCAUUCUCACAUGGCAAGCAGAGGAGAAGCCAUAGCAAAUCACUCUCACACAGCUGUAUCUGGAGUCCAUCUGAGUUCAUGUCACGUAGACAGUUGAGUUCCUCAGACAGUGGGUCAUGCAGCAUGUCAUCAUCUCGUAAUGAAUUCCGAAAGGACAGUAAAAGGAGAAAAGGGGGUUUACAGAGAAGCCACAGCCAGCAUCUGAGUAGACGCCCACAUAAGUCCAGCAAGAGAGUAAGGUCCAUGAGUGCAGAUAAGGAGAGGGAGAGAUCAGAGCCUGCUAACUCCAGUAUUUUCCAAAAUGCCUCAACACCAAAAUUAAAGAUGUCAAACUUUCCUCUGCCAGAGGAAAAAUUCCAGAGGAAAGUUCUUCAAAUGUUAAUUGAUAUAAGAGAUUUGGUAAAAGUCGCAAUCAGAACAACGGAUGUUACUGCAUUUACUCUAAAGCCAGCCAACAGCGUGAACGAAUUGCAAGAAUUGGAGUCUCGUUUGCAAGAUAAAAAUGAAAGAGCAGCCUUGCAAGCAUAUUUGACAAGACUUGGAGGAGUUGAUGACAUCGACAUGGUGAAAAAAACAAUGUCUGCAACUCUCUCAAAUGGCGUCAUGUCUUCAAUGAAUUUGAAGGGAAAAUGUGGGAAGCUCCCAUUUUCUCAGACCCAGCUCUUCCAGAUCAUAUGUGCACCCACUUGCGUUUCGUGCCUUCCCUCUCAUCACACCCCGGCAUCUCUUCACCAGUGAUCACCGCAGUUGUUCGGAAUCAGCUAGCGGAUCGAGGCUUCUCCCCGCUAAGCGUGCAUCCUGUGAGGGUCUGGAUUUCCCGUUCGGUUCCACUACUCAUUCUUCCCGUAAGUACCGUUGGUUGGGUCGAGUCCUCUCCCCACGGACUCACAUGGUUCCUGUGCUCGAGGCCGGUAUCUCCUAAUGGUCUUUUGGACUACACUUUAAUAAAAAGUCAGUGAUUAUACCCGAA